UUUACCUUCUCUUUGAGCUGUUUGGUGGUAGGAAUUGAACCUAGGCCCUAUCUACAUUACUGCUUCUAGUUUGCGGUUGACUGGUUUUUGCAUGAAUGACAUAAAGAGGCUUCGUGGCUGAGGUUAUAAAAAUAGACAAGCUCCUAAAUUUAUUAUGCUGCUUCUCUCUCAAGGUCCAUAGAGCUCCUUAGGGGAGGGGUAAGAAGCUUUAGGUAUAAAGAAUGUCUGUGUUUUUAGUAAUAUUCUUUCUCAGUACUCUCGCAUUUAAUAGUCCUUCAGAGGCUACGCAUGAGAAGAAGCUUCCAUCCGCAGUUGUUGUUGGCACUGUCUACUGUGACACAUGUUUCCAGGAGGAUUUCUCAAAGACCAGCCACUUCAUUUCAGGUGCAACUGUUGCUGUAGAAUGUAAAGAUGGGAGUGCUUCAAGACCGAGUUUUAGGAAAGAAGUGAAAACAGAUGAACAUGGAGAAUUCAAAGUCCAUUUGCCUUUCUCAUUAAGCAAACAUGUCAAAAAAAUUGAGGGAUGUUCUGUGACAUUAAUCAGCAGCAGCGAGCCUUACUGUGCUGUGGCCUCAACAGCAACUUCAUCUUCGCUCCAUCUGAAGUCAAGAAAGCAGGGGACUCACAUAUUCUCAGCUGGGUUUUUCACCUUCAAGCCUCUAAAGCAGCCAGACCUAUGUAACCAAAAACCAAGCAUUCAAAAUUCCAAGGAAGCUGUCUCACUUCCUCCAAUCGCUGGUUUAGCAAUUCCACCUCCAAUUCAAGACCCAGCAGUCCCAGAUCUUCCCCCACCCACAAAUCAUUUCUUUCUUCCCCCUCUACCUAGACUGCCUGAGCUUCCACCAUUGCCACAACUCCCACCCCUUCCAGGACUAGUUCCCCUUCCGCCUAUUCCUGGAAAGACUACAAAUUCAAAACCUGCUGAACCCUUAAAAGAUAAAAAGGAAGCCCACCCGGACCUUUUCUUUCCACCACUUCUGCCACCAAAUCCUUUACUGCCACCUCCUCCUAUACCAAAUCCUCUUCAGCCACCUCCACUUAUCCCUCUGCCUAAAGUACCUGAGCUUCCACCAUUGCCACAACUCCCACCCCUUCCAGGACUAGUUCCCCUUCCGCCUAUUCCUGGGAAGACUACAAAUUCAAAACCUGCUGAACCCUUAAAAGAAAAAAAGGAAGCCCACCCGGACCUUUUCUUUCCACCACUUCUGCCACCAAUUCCUUUACUGCCACCUCCUCUUAUACCAAAUCCUCUUCAGCCACCUCCACUUAUCCCUCUGCCUAAAGUGCCUGAGCUUCCACCAUUGCCGCAACUCCCACCCCUUCCACCCCUUCCAGGACUAAUUCCCCUUCCGCCUAUUCCUGGAAAGACUACAAAUUCAAAACCUGCUGAACCCUUAAAAGAAAAAAAGGAAGCCCACCCGGACCUUUUCUUUCCACCACUUCUGCCACCAAUUCCUUUACUGCCACCUCCUCUUAUACCAAAUCCUCUUCAGCCACCUCCACUUAUCCCUCUGCCUAAAGUGCCUGAGCUUCCACCAUUGCCGCAACUCCCACCCCUUCCACCCCUUCCAGGACUAAUUCCCCUUCCGCCUAUUCCUGGAAAGACUACAAAUUCAAAACCUGCUGAACCCUUAAAAGAUAAAAAGGAUGCCCACCCGGACCUUUUCUUUCCACCACUUCUGCCACCAAAUCCUUUACUGCCACCUCCACUUAUCCCGAACCCAUUCCAGCCACCUCCACUUAUCCCGAACCCAUUCCAGCCACCUCCACUUAUCCCUAACCCAUUUCAGCCUCCGCCAGCACCCUUGAUUCCUUUCCCAAAAAUACCAGGUUUAACUCCAUCACCAUCACCACCACCACCAUUACUGCCAUUCCCUUUCCCUCCAAUAUUUCCAUCCCCGCCACCUUUCCCUCGCAUUCCCGGCAUUCCUCCUGCUUCUUCUUCAAAGCAGACUUCUCCUUAACUAAUCAGAACAGUAAUAGUGUAAUACCUUUCACACGUCGGUUACUCUAUCUUCUUUUUUUUUUUUUUUUUUUUAAUGUAAAUUGUAAGAUGUUUGUGGAGCUUGUACUUAUAGUGUCCUUUUAAUUAUUUUUUGUUCCGAGCGCACGUAGUAUGUCUAUUGUGACUUGUGAGCGAAUAGCGAGGGAGACUAAAAUAAUGUAAUAUUGGAAUAAAGAUAAGGUUUCAGACA